AUGGCGCGCCGUAGGUUCUUGCUUCUGUGGUGUGCCCUUACAGCAAUACUGUCGGCCAGGGUGAAGCCUUGCCGGGGAUGGAGCUCAUGCCUUUCGAAAAGACCAGGACGAAGGCCACUUGCUGUCCAGAGGCAGGCAGUCACAAGUAGAGAACUGCAGCCUGCAAGAUUUCGAUGGGCAAGCGCGGCUGGAUGGCACCGAGCCUUGAAGAUACUUGAGGAGCGCUAUGGCGAGCAGUACGAUGCAAGCAACAUGACUUGGGCUUGGUGGAGAGCUAAUAUUAGGAAUGCAAAGUCGAAAAUCGAGGUGACCUGCAAGAUAUGUGGCCAUCGCUCAAAGAGCGCUUCACUGACCAGUUUGCAAAGUGGUUAUGCACCUGGAUGUUUCUGCAACGGCGGCGUUCGCUGGUCCAGUCGGGAAGGGCAUGCUCGUUGCCUUUCGAUGCUGAAGGAUCGCUAUGGCGAGCAGUACGGUGCGAGCCGCAUGACGUCGGCUUGGUGGGGUGAGAACAUUAAGGAUUGUUCUUCGACAAUCGAUGUGACCUGCAAGACAUGUGGCCAUCGCUCAAAGAGCGCUUCACUGACCAGUUUGCAACGUGGUUAUGCACCUGGAUGUUUCUGCAACGGCGGCGUUCGCUGGUCCAGUCGGGAAGGGCAUGCUCGUUGCCUUUCGAUGCUGAAGGACCGCUAUGGCGAGCAGUACGAUGCGAGCCGCAUGACGUCGGUUUGGUGGAGUGAGAACAUUAAGGAUCGAUAUUCGACAAUCGAUGUGACCUGCAAGAAAUGUGGCCAUCGCUCAAAGAGCACUUCACUAAGCAAUUUGCAAAAUGGUCGAGCGCCUGGAUGUUUCUGCAACGGCGGCGUUCGCUGGUCCAGUCGGGAAGGGCAUGCUCGUUGCCUUUCGAUGCUGAAGGACCGCUAUGGCGAGCAGUACGGUGCGAGCCGCAUGACGUCGGCUUGGUGGAGUGAGAACAUUAAGGAUCGAUAUUCGACAAUCGAUGUGACCUGCAAGGAAUGUGGGCAUCGCUCAAAGAGCACUUCACUGAACAGAUUGCAAAGUGGUCGAGCGCCCGGAUGUUUCUGCAACAAGAAGACAGAAGGGAAGCUGAGACGGUGGUUGGUCACAGAAUACCCGAAUUCGCUCAUUACCUCGCAGGUGCGGGGGUGUACGAAUCCAGACACUGGGCGGCACCUACCUUUCGAUUUUGGAUUGUACAAAGAUUCCAUUUUGAUUGAGCUGGAUGGUGACAUUGGCCACUUCGGGCGGGGGUGGGGAGGAGCCCCGGACGAUCGGGGAGUGCCGCAGAGAGACUUUCAUAAGGAGUACUGGGCGAUGCAACAAGGCAAAGUAGUAGUGCGAUUGUUGCAGACAGAUGUGCACCAAGAUUCUUGGCCCUGGCAGGACUUUCUAACUUCCGCGAUCCAGCAUGCAAAUUGCUUGACCCAGCCAUGUGUGCUCACACAGGAUGCAGCGCCGUACAAGAGCGGCAUCUAUCGCAAGCUGCGCGCGGAUGUUGCUUGCAAGAGAGGACAGUUCCCUCCAAGCGGCAUUCCCUACCUGGAGUAUGGCCCUAAACCCUAA